AUGGCAGUUACAUUCCCAAUAGUGAUUUUAACGUUGACGCUAAUAAAUAACAUUGACGCUAUAUCUAGGAUCGAUCCUUUGGUCGAAACUAAAGUCGGAUUGAUCAAAGGAUUAAGAUCGGAUAAUAAUGAUUUUUCUUUAUUUUUGGGUGUACCAUACGCGAAAGUAAACAGGAGUAAUCCAUUUGGGGUGUCCAUCCCAUACCCAAGUUUCCUAGACACAUUUGAAGCCUUCCAAGAAUCCCCAAGAUGCCCACAAGCGAGCACAUCAUCAAACCAAUCUUUGGACUGCCUCAGCCUUAACAUUUACGUGCCCACAAACGCAACGUCUCAGAAUAAAUUACCCGUUAUGGUUUGGAUUCAUGGUGGUGCAUUUUCAAGUGGGUCCGGCAGCAGGGACAGUGCUGGCCCCGAGUUUCUCAUCAGAUAUGAUGUUAUACUUGUUACGGUGUAUUAUCGUCUUGGGCCUUAUGGUUUUAUGUGCCUGGAUCAUCCAGAGGUGGCAGGCAAUCAAGGUCUGAAGGACCAAUUAAUGGCUUUAAGAUGGAUUAAUGAAAACAUUGAAGCCUUCGGAGGGGACGCUAAUAAAAUAACAAUAUUUGGCGAAAGUGCAGGUGGACAUUCCGUGGAGCUACAUUUACUAUCUCAAGCCGAAAUUUUGUACAACAGAGUGAUUUUACAAAGCGGUAGCGCUGAAGCGCGAACGGUACUGAUCGAACCUGAUAAAUCUGCUCCAUUGAAAAUUGCCGAUCGCCUGGGUCAUACAACUGACAAUAUUGAAGAGGCACUAACAUUUUUGUCAUCAGCUAGCACAGAAUCAGUAAUUACAGCGGCAUCAAGUCUAGGUAUCGAGUUUAAGCCUUGUGCUGAAAAUCCGUUUGAACAAGUUGAUUCUUUCAUAACAAAACGUUGGGCAAAUGCAAAAAUACCAAAGGUAGCCAACAUACCUGUGCUGAUAGGUUUUAAUGAUCAUGAAUUAAUGAUAACGCAUGUGCUUGGCGAUGCCCAGCAUUUUGCGUCUUUGGACAUUUUCACCACAUACUUAAACAAAACCUUUAACUUCGAUAGCGACACUUUGGAGGAAAUGACUCAGUACGUUCGGCAAUUUUACAUCGGAGAUGAUCCGAUUACUGAAGAAAAAAGGUGGGAGAUAAUUAAUUAUGAUUCAGAUUUUGUUUACAUUCAUCCCAUUCAAAGGACUAUCAAUAAAUUUAUUGAAGGACAUGCUCGUAAUAUUUACUAUUACAUGUUCUCUUAUGACGGUGGGAGGAAUUUGGUAAAAGUGAGUCGUGGUAUUAAUGCACCUGGGGUUGCACAUGCUGAUGAGCUUGGAUAUAUAUUUUCUAUUAAGAGUUUAUCUAAUAAGACCAGCCCUGAAGAUCAGCUUAUGGUUGAUCGAAUGACCACAAUGUGGACAAACUUCGCCAAAUUCGGCGACCCCAUUCCAGAAACCACUGAGCUAUUACCAAUUAAAUGGGAUCCAAUAACGAAGGACAGCUAUAACUAUUUGAAAAUUGAUUCGGUGCUUACUUUAGGCAAUCGACCUUACAAAGAAAGAAUGACUCUAUGGGACUUAUUCUACAAACUAAAUGAAAAGAAACAAAAGUACUACGAUGAGAGCAACGAAGAUUCUUUUUAA